GAUGUAAGAUAUCAAAACAACUUGCCUGCCCGGGCGCACAUUUUUUCUAUCACUCUGCUUUCUCUGUAAAUGCGCGCCUCCGUGGCUACUUUGCCUUCCUACACACUCCAUCUCCUCCAUUUUAACUCAUUGUCACUCCACUUUCAACCUCAGAUGCAAGAUCCGGAAAUUUUUUCGUUCGCUUUUCUCAUCUUCUUCGUUGCUCUUUCUCUCAUCGUCAUUUCAUUCUCUGUUUUUAAAAAGCCAUCAAAAACAGAGCAGCUGCAACCAGAGAAAACCCGGAAUCCUAAAAGUCAUGGACCGACGACAGUGAAGCAUUCCCUAUCAGAAUGUGCUGAUGAAGUUAAACUUCAUCACGCCAAUGAUAAUGACCCGAUCCCUUUGACCCAUUCGCUUUUGCUCGAGGUAUUACCGUCUGAUUCGGCGAAAUGGGCCAGCUUGUUCGAUGAUAAAAGUUGUGAUUUCAAGGAACUGAAUUCGACCUCUUCGGGUCUGAAUGCGGGGGCUGAUGAUACCUCGGAAGAGCAAAGAGGGAAGAAUCGGAGGAGGAGGAGGGGGGCAAAGAAGAAGAAAAUAAAUUCGCUAGCUGUAGAUAGUUCUGAACAUGACAAAGGAGAGGAAAGAGCAAAUACGGGUUCGGAUAUGGAGCUCAGGAAAGAACCCAUCUUUUUAUACCCGUUUACCUCUUCUAGUAGCGCUAUGCAGAGAAGGAUCAAACAUCAGUAUGAUGAGCUCGUGAAAUGCCACCAAUCGAAGAAAUUGACACUGGCUCAGGUGGUAAAGUUUGCUAAUAGUUUGGUUGAAGCAAGGAAUGUGCUACAGCACAAGGCUGAUGUGAUCCAACGAAAAUUUGUAAUAACAAAGGCUUUACUAUUUAAGGCAGAUAAAUCCUCCUUUGACCGCUUUCGUCGACAGAUAUACAAGCUGGAAUUGGAACAGAAGCGAUUGGAGGAGGAUGCAACUGUUUACAAUUGGCUUCAACAGCAGCUUAAACUCUCCCCAGCUUACAAGAAGAUGCUGGAAAUUGGAGCUUGUAUGGAGAAAGCCAAAGCCUCUGAGCAGAAGGAGGCCACAGAGGAUGAAUUUGCCGACAUUUCGUUUGAGGAAUUACUAGCACGAGAAAAGAAAGAUUUAUUUUGGCGAAAAAAUGGGAAAUCAAGAGUAUGCUCAAACUGAUAGCUGUGCUAGUUCAUUAACUAACAAGAGCUAGUGUAGUAUGUAAAUUCAAUAUUUAUAAUCUAGUACUGUCACAGGAAUGCUCUGUUUUUCUUUUCUUAUCUCUGCCUGUGCCAUUUUGGUUUUUCCUACGGAGUGCUUGUACAUAAAAUAUCAUUUAGUUUUUUUGGGUGUUGCUUGGUAGAAAGGUAUUUUAUGGCUACUAAAUUUUUUGUUUUAAGGGAUGCAAAAUAUGAUAUACCGUGAAAGGGGUUAAUAUAUAAGUUUGUGUUUAUAUUUCUGCUGAACAA